AUGAAAUUGGGUGUUAUUGGUGCUGAAACGGUAACUGAACUGGGGGGCAGUCAAUCUGUCUUACGCGAAUCAGAUAUCGAGUUGUUUGAAGAUAAUCCCGAGGAGGAUGUGUGGCGUGAUAUCGAAGGUUCAGACGUUGCGACCAGACGCCGCGCCGCCUGCGACCUGCUGCGGGCCCUCGCAACACAUUACGACGAUAAAAUGAUGGCCAUCUUCGGACAGUACGUAGAGCGACCGGUUGGUACUUCAAGCAAGUGUUUCCCUUAUCCGGACACAUACAUAUGUAUAACAGAGAAAAUGAGAUUCGAUAUUAACUAA